CCUGCCUUUCACAUGAUCUGUAAGCUUUCACAGAGGAGAGACAGGAAUGUGGAGAGGAGCGUCAACAGCGAUGGCUGAGCGAAGCCACAGUCCCUCUAUAAUGCGUUUAUUUUACACUCUGGCCAUCUGGGUGUCAUUUAUCCACUGCACCAAUGGAAUACCCUGGACACAAGAAAAGCUCCACCAUCGAGCUCUCACUCUAACACAAGAUGAGGUCCGUACCGCCCUAUCGCACACUGACGUAGAGCAGAUGUGGCAGAGGGACCUGAGGCCGCUGCUGGUCACCAGGUACCCUGGCUCUGCAGGCAGCCGGGCCGUGCAAGAGCAUAUCAAAACAACCCUAGGUUCCCUCGGAGCAGGCUGGGAUGUGACGGAGGAUAAGUUUGUUUCACAAACACCCUAUGGCCCCCUGCCCUUCACUAACCUAAUUGGCACCCUCAACCCAUCAGCCAAGCGCCGUCUGGUCCUGGCCUGUCACUACGACUCCAAGUACUACCCACCACAAUGGCACGGGAGGGAGUUCCAAGGCGCCACUGAUUCUGCCGCUCCCUGUGCCAUGAUGUUGGAGCUGGCACGAGCCCUGGACGAAGAACUCAUGGCUCAGAAGAGCUCCAGUCCUGACCUGACCCUGCAGUUGCUCUUCUUUGACGGAGAGGAGGCUCUUUUCCAGUGGACCUCAACAGACUCCCUGUAUGGCUCUCGCCACCUGGCCCAGAAAAUGGAGACCACCCCACACCCUGCCGGCGCCACAGACACCAACCAACUGCACGGCAUAGAUCUGUUUGUGUUGUUGGACCUGAUUGGGGCUCCAAGUCCACGCUUCGGCAACCAGUUCUCCAGCACAACGCACUGGCUCUCCCGACUGCAGAGCAUUGAAAAGCGUUUGCACUCCAUGAACCAGCUUGUGGAUCAUCCUAACGACGUGCAAUAUUUCUGGCCCAAUCAACCUGUUGGCCACGUACAAGAUGAUCAUAUACCAUUCCUAAACAAAGGUGUACAUAUCCUCCACCUUAUCCCCUCCCCCUUCCCGUCCGUAUGGCACACGUUUGAUGACAACGAGCAGAACCUGGAUCGCUCCACCAUUCAGAACCUCAACAAGAUCCUGCAGGUUUUUGUCCUGGAGUACCUCAACGCCAGACCCAACAUCCCUUCAAACCCACAGAAUGCCCCUUAGAAACCCAGCAUAUUUGAUGACUUCCUUUCUUUUGAUGUUUCACUGUAGCCAAGAUCUUCAGCUGUUAUUUUAUAGACUGAAAGAAUACACUGUCUUUAAUGAUAUUUGUUAGAGAUUGAUUUCAUCUGCAUGGACAAGUACAUUUUUUUAUUUUGAAACCUCUGUCUAAACAUAUUUAGGCUCAUGUAAGAGCACGCAAAAUGUGUUGUUUCCCAAAUGGGUUCAUAAGAGACUUAAAGACUCUGAAGCUUCAUCCCCAGCAACGUGAUCAGCACACAGGAUCUUCUGUGUGCUUGUUACUACACUGCUCUCUUUAUAUCAGCCUUAACCCCCUGUUUACACUGUGAGGAGGCAUCUUAGUGUCAGUGCUAAUGUUUAGGAGCUGUUGCCUGACAUUGAAAUAGAUACAUGAAAUUAUCAUCCAAGGUUGGUGAUAAUUUCAUUGUCCUUGCUUUGAGGACAUCUGUAGCCUAAAAACACUUGCUUAUAGUCAUGCAAUGACAUCCAUAAUCCCUGAUCUGUAAUAAAUAUAUAAAAUAUGGACAUCCACAUGAUGCCACCAAUGCAUGCAGAAUGAGGCAGGGUAUAUGGCAAUACACAUAAGAUGGUGUCAUGCUGUGUGUCUUAGCUACAGGGUAUGUGACAUUUCUUCUCCUACAGUAAAUCUGUGUUUAUCACAUCAGUGUUUAUCGAGAAAACCUGUCAGGGGCAGGAAGUGGGUUUAUUUGUAUUACAACCUCUUUAGCUCUUCAUAUCCUGUCAUCUCAGAUAGUGAAGUGGAUAACUUCCUGUGCUGAUGUUUCACGUGCCUCCCUUUGUUUAUAUGACAUUAUUAGUAAGAUUUAAAUGCAGAUCCCAGAAUAAUAUACAGUGCCAAAACUGGACUUCCUGUAUUUUGAGGCUGAAAUAAAUGUUGAUUCAGAAUACAAGGG